AUGCAUGAUGACUGGGUCCUGUCCACUGAGAGGACAGACACAGAUAGAGAGUUGUCAGGAGUCCUCCAGGGGACUGACGAGAGCAGCACAGAAGAACAGGCUCCAGAACUAGGACCGAAUGAUGGACCUGGGAACCAGGGUAGAACCAGGGAGGUAAAACCCAGAACCCGUAGCAGGCCCUUCUCCCUGAGAGACUGCCUUCUCAAGUACCUCCUGUUCUUCAGCAACCUCCUCUUCACGGUGCUAGGCCUGGUGGUCCUGGCUCUGGGACUGUGGGGCCUCAUCAACAAGGAAUCCUUCGCUCAGGAGAAAAUAGGACAGAUCACCACCGACCCCAUGCUGGUUUUUGUGGUGCUGGGCUUGGUGCUGUCUAUCCUCUGCCUGUCAGGCUGUGUGGGGGCUCUGAGAGAGAACUGCUGCCUGCUCCAGGUCUUCUCAGCCACCGUGCUGGUCCUGGUAGCAGCCCAGGUCCUAGCGGCCAUUGUGGCCUACAGCUUCCAGGGACAGAUAGAGGGAUACCUGAGGUCAGGUAUGCUGGCUGCCAUGGUACAUUACCAGGAUGACCUGGACCUGAGGUUCAUCACAGAUGAAAUCCAGAUAGGACUGCAGUGCUGCGGGGCCGACAACUACAGAGACUGGGAGGUCAACAUGUACUAUAACUGCUCUGCCCCAGGGGUGCUGUCCUGUGGGGUCCCUGCUACCUGCUGUGUGGACCCCCUGGAGAACGGCACGGUGUGGAACUCCCAGUGUGGAGUAGGAUCCCAGCAGCUGGAUGAGUUCUCUGCUCAGAGCGUCAUCUUCCUGGGGGGCUGUCUGGGGGGCAUGUCCCGCUGGAUAGAGCAGCACACAGGCCUGAUAGGAGCCGUGGGUAUCGUCCUACUGGGGGUUCAGAUCAUCACUCUGUUCAUCACCACACGACUGAUGGAUAACAUCCAGUGCAGUAAAGCUACAAGUUAA